UUGGGAGAUCAGCAUUUGCGUGUGAACGACUCGCCAAACUGCAAGUAAAGGGAUGGCAAACACUGUGCUACCUUCGCCGGGCUAUUGGCUCCAGACUCUAUCCAAUCAUCCAGUACUCGACACAUCCUCUUCCACACUCUUGGACGAUUCACAAACAACUCCUGAUGUCACCCUCCCCGACAUCUCCAGCAUAGCUCUAGAAGCUCCAAGUAACCAUACUCUGGAUGUAUCCGGCCCGGACUUUAUGGAUGAUAUGGGUGACAGCUUUGCUACCCCUGAUUCUCGACAGUCUUUGAUCGCAGUACGCGACGGUUUAGCUGUCACUUGCCUUAAUUCUUCUCCACCGCGAAUUCGGCUGCUCAAUCUUCGAAAAUGGAAGGGUUCGCUAGAUGAGACUGGAGACGAUGUGGACAAGGCUUUGGAGACGGCUGACUUUAAGGAACUGGUCUCGCCAACUCUGAGUUUCCGCGUCCGUCAGAUCCAGAUGAAUGGCACUGGAAGACUUUUAGCUGUUGUUGGAGAGUAUGAGAUCGUUGUCCUCUCUCUACCUCGGAUUGCCUGGACAGAUGGCAACACGAGAGAACGCAUACGAACCAACUCAUGGCGGAUAGGGCCCAUGACCCCUCAACCCAUAGUCAAGAUUCAUUGGCAUCCACUGAGCGAAUCUCACACGCACCUGAUGGUUUUGUCUGAUGAUGGAGCUCUGAGAAUAUAUGACGUGACUGCCAAUGCUAACGAGCCGGAACAAACUCUACAUUUCCUCGGUAGUGAACCCAUCGAUACCUGGAAAGCCCCAAAUCGCUCCGGCAUGUUCGGCGCUGAUUUGUGGGAACGUGAAUUUGUCUCGUUUUGCGUGGGGCGGGACGACGGGAAUUGGGGUUCAAUGACAAUGUACGGUGUUACGCGAAGUGGAGAUGUAUAUAGUUUAUGCCCGGUGGUACCACAGCGCAGUAUCUUCAUACCGCAGAAAUUGCAAGACCUGAAGGCUGCUAGUGCUCUGGAGCAAGAGGAACAUGAAGAGCAUGAAUGUUAUGGCCCCUAUACAGAGCGGCAAUACUAUUGGCGGGAGCAAUGGCUAGAUGAACUACUAAACGAAAUCAAUCAACGGAGCAUAAAGGAGACACUACCUGGGGAGCCUGUAGGACUGACUUUGCCACGGAUGACAGCAAAGGUUAAGUGCCGAGCCCGCGGACCAUAUUUAAUUCAGCCAUCCCCAGAUGCUACAAUAGAUUAUCAGGACGCAACUGAUAUCUUAUGUUUGGCGACGAAUCCGAUCAAUGUAUUGAUCAUAUCAUUUGAGUCGGGAAUGCUGCGGACAUGCAUAGACUUGGAGGGUCCGGUACCUCUCUGGAAUAUCAAUGCAGAGGCGUUACCAGGGGAAGCGCCGUUACCCGUACUGAGAAUUCAUGAAGACAUUGAUAUCUCCUGGCGAGAAAGCUCUGGGUCGCAGCAGACAGCUCCCGUACGAAUACCAAGCAGUUUAGCAGCAGAUCCACGACACGAUGCCAUCUUCUAUUGCUACCAUUCUUUCGGAGUCCAUCGUGUGAGCGUAGAACCUUGGGUUUCACCGUUACGUGGUCUAUCGGAGGCACAAGCAGACGAGGCACAGUUGGCGACCGAGUUGAAGUCAGCAAUGGAGCAACAUAUUGAAAGCGACGUUAGUCUACUCUUUAGUACCAGGACAUUUAUAAGCACGGAUGUACCGUCGGUUGUAGGGUUCGCGGUCAUCACAGAAGCAUCCCUUGGAUACUGUUACCUACUAUUAACAUCUCACCCCCACUUAUACGGAGACAUUCUUCCCAUGCAUGUAAAUAUUCCCUGGAAGAUCUCCGAAGUCACCGCGAAUGAAAUGUACACCCCAUCCAUGGAGCCUCCAAUAUUCGAUAUACCCGAAGUAGUUCGUAAGGCACCACCACCCCUACGGUUGCCUACCGGCGCCUCCGCUAAGCAGGUUCUGGCGAAGUGCACACAUCCUCCGACAUUGUGGGCAUUUUUUGAACAUUUGAAAGCCAGGAGAUGUGACAUCUUGGACCUUCAUGAGGCGAUCAUUGCUCUGAGAACUCGCUUGGAACGGCAGCAAUCGGAGUUGAAGCAACAAGCGGGCGCUCUGAUGCUCUUGGAUGAGAAAAUAAAACAAAACAAAGAACGCCUGAAGCAACUGCCAAAGAAAAUGCACACUUUGCGGGUCAAGGAAUACGUUCAGCGAAAAUCUCUUGGCAUCAUACUUCAGAUAUUGAUCGAAAACUCUCAGCCUCUUACUGACGCUGAGAAGCAAUGGAUCAAAGAGCUCCAUCACAUUCGUAACGCUCUCCAGAAAAGACUGAAACCUUGGGCAGAAAAUGUUCAGGAACAGGUCCAUUCUUUGCUGCAGGACCGCAACCCCGUGGAAGAUCCAGACAAGGAUGCGGAAUUGGACCAGCUGGCUCUCGGCCAGACCCAAAUGCGCCGGAUCGAAACCGCUUUGCGACAGGAGUAUAAACUGUUGGCUGGUACAGCCCAAAAAUUGACUAAACUGCAAAAUAUCGUGCAGAAGAUGGAAGAUACCAUCAGACUGAAAAGCAUGCAAUCUCCUUGAGAAUAUUUGCACAUUCGCGAUAUGUAAAUAAUCCUACUGCUAUACAAACUGUCCCAUUUUUAUGCAUUGCGAACCAUUGUGAUUU